UCUUAAGGAAUCUGACCAGUUCCUUCGGCCCAAGAGUAUUGUUGCCCUGGGCGGGGCUGCUGGGCUUAAAAAGCUGGAACCCACCUGGGCUGGACGCAGCUCCAGGAGCCUCCUCAGACCAGCUCUCUGCACUCAGCCCUCAGCCUAGUCCUGCCGCUGUGUCAUGGAGGGAGUGGUCCGGGGCCUUCUCCUCCUGCUGGCAGGUGAGUCAGUCCUCCCAGAGGUGACCCUGCUGUCACCCACCCACCCACCCACCAAGGCUGUGAAAACCAGGACAGCAUCUCACAAAGGGGGCCUGAUGUUGAAUGAAUGUGUUUUCAUUUCAACUGUCAACUUAAAGAGAAACAUAAAGGAAGUAACGGUACAGGCCUGCCCGUCCUGGAAGCCAAUGACCUGGUUGAUAAAGGCAGUCCCUUCUACUAUGACUGGGAAGGCCUGCAGCUGGGCGGGGUGAUCUGUGCGGCGCUCCUGUGCAUCGCUGGAAUCUUGUUCGCCCUGAGUGGCAAAUGCAAAUGCAAGCAAGAUCAUAAGCACAGCUCCUUACCCGAGAAAGCUGUUCCACUCAUCACUCCAGGCUCUGCCAGUACCUGCUGAGCACAGGACCGGCUUCACGGCACUUCCUGCACCAGCUCCCAUACUGUCCCCUCCCCCUUGGGGGACUUUACCCUUCAUGAUGGCCUUUCUCUCUGAGGGUGGGCCCUUAGGCUCCCUUAUGCUCAGGAGGCUGUCCAGAGCUUAUUUCUAAAUUAAACUUUUCUCCUC